AUGUGCACGGACCGAGCUGCCGUGUCGGUGAAGAGGGUCUGGCUCGGCAUCGCCGCGCGCAUCGGCCUCCGGCGAAAGACCGGCCUGAGGAAGCUGAGGAAGGAGGUGCGGACGUGCGAGUACCACGACGUGCACGUCAUGUGGCAGAUGCUGAGGGCGACGGACGGGCCGGUCCCGCUGGCGGAGAAGGAGGCCGCCGCGGCCGCGGCCGUCGCGGCCGCCGCCGGCGCCAGGAAGAGGAAGAACGCGUGGCGGCGGUUCAUCUACUACUGCUGCGCGUUCUGA